AUGUCUGGCGAGUGUUUUGAAGCUGGCGAAUGCACUGAGAUUGACGCUUUGAUAGAUAGACCCCAUAGAGUUUGUCCAGCUAAACCCAUCGUCAACCCAGCAGUGAACUUGCCCCCUCAUUACAGCCCAGCCCACCCUCAGCCCAGCAGUGAACUUGCCCCUCCCAUUACAGCCCACCCUCAACCCAGCAGUGACCAUGCCCCUUCAAUUACAGCCCACCCUCAACCCAGCAGUGACCUUGCCCCUUCAAUUACAGCCCACCCUCAACCCAGCAGUGAUCUUGCCCCUUCCAUUACAGCCCAACCUCAACCCAGCAGUGAACUUGCCCCUCCCAUAACAGCCCACCCUCAACCCAGCAGUGACCUUGCCCCUCCCAUUACAGCCCACCCUCAACCCAGCAGUGACUUUGCCCCUCCCAUUAGAGCCCACCCUCAAUCCAGCAGUGAUCUUGCCCCUUCCAUUACAGCCCAACCUCAACCCAGCAGUGAACUUGCCCCUCCCAUAACAGCCCACCCUCAACCUAGCAGUGACCUUGCCACUCCCAUUACAGCCCACCCUCAACCCAGCAGUGACUUUGCCCCUCCCAUUACAGCCCACCCUCAACCCAAUAGUGAUAUUGCCCCUCUCAUUACAGCCCACCCUCAACCCAGCAGUGAACUUGCCCCUCCCAUUAAAGCCCAACCUCAACCCAGCAGUGACCUUGCCCCUUCCAUUACAGCCCAACCUCAACCCAGCAGUGAACUUGCCCCUCCCAUAACAGCCCAGCCUCAACCCAGUAGUGAACUCUUGCCCCUCCCAUUCCUCCAUGCCCUCAACCCAGCAGUGAUCUUGCCCCUUCCAUUACAGCCCAACCUCAACCCAGCAGUGAUCUUGCCCCUUCCAUUACAGCCACCCUCAGCCCCGCAGUGA